AGAUGGGGCACGCGCACUAGAAGUAAAUACAAGCGCAUGGGUUUGAUGACAGUUCUCCACAUAUAAUGUGUAUUGGUUCUUUGACAUUAUGAUACUCUUUGUCAUUGCUGGCGUUUUAAGUAAACUCUAAAAUGACUCUAUGAUUGUCAUGCCUCAAUUAUGUAAAUUAUUAUUGUUCGAAAACUUCCUUUGCAAUGGCAGAAAUAGAUGCUGUGAAACAGUAUUUAAAAGACUUUGCACAAGAAGCACGCGACUUGUACCUGAAUGAAGCCGUGCCUUACCUGGAGUAUGCGCCGUCUCCUCUUGAGUUCUACCGUGAAUGGAUUGGUCCCAACAAACCCUGCAUCAUCCGCAAUGCUUUCAGUCACUGGCCAGCUCUGUCCAAGUGGAAUCCUGCAUAUCUCAGGGAGGCGGUGGGAUCAAAGGUAAUUAGUGUUGCGGUGACCCCAAACGGCUAUGCGGAUGCCGUAAACGGGGACCGGUUUGUUAUGCCAGAAGAACGAAAGAUGACAUUCUCCUCUCUGCUAGACGUGAUAGAGGGGAAGGUGGAGAGCAAAGGAGUGUUCUAUGUCCAGAAACAGUGCUCCAACCUGAUGGAGGAGCUCCCUGAGCUGACAGGGGACGUGGAGCCUCACAUUCCCUGGAUGAGUGAAGCCCUCGGGAAGUUACCGGAUGCUGUCAAUUUCUGGUUGGGAGAAGCCCGUGCCGUGACAUCCAUGCACAAGGACCAUUAUGAGAACCUGUACUGUGUCAUAUCAGGAGAGAAACAUUUCAUCCUGCUCCCUCCAUCCGACCGGCCCUUCAUACCUUACGAGCUAUACCAGCCAGCGGUGUACAGGCAGAGAGAAGACGGUGGGUUUGAUGUGGUGGAUGAAGCAGAGUCUGAGAAGGUGAGCACCGGUACCAUGGAUCCCUUUGGACCCUCUGAACCCAGAUCUGGAGUGUUACCCUGCCUACCGGCUGGCACAGCCCCUCCCCUGCACCGUGAGAGCAGGCGAGAUGCUCUACCUUCCCUCCCUCUGGUUCCACCAUGUCCAGCAGUCCCACGGCUGCAUCGCAGUGAACUUCUGGUACGACAUGGAGUAUGACCUCAAGUACAACUAUUUCCAGCUUCUGGAGUCCCUGUCAGGGCCUGUGGGGUCACUGUGACAUCACUGGGAGGUCAGAGAUCACCCUGGAAAUUUGAAUCCUUCUCUAUCCACACUUCCUCGAGGUAAUCUCUGACCUAACUGAUGCCCCUGGCCUUUACAAAAUAAAUAUUUCAAGGAAGGGAAGCCUUUCAACUGUGUCCUGGUCAUGAGAAUAUAGGUUUAUCUCAAAUCCCCAGGCCGAACGUCCAUGCAUUUUUGGAGAUCUGCAAAGAUUUAACAGGUUUACUGUAUCCUGACAGUCUGGAGUAUGUAUGGAACCCAUAGGGAUGGAUUAUGUUUCUAGUUGAGAGACUGCUGCGAUGUAGAAAUGUAUUGGAAUAUCUUAUCUGAAGUUUCUGGUAUUGUAUUUCAUUUGAAGACAAUCAUUGUCUUUUUUGUGAAGUAAAAAAAAAAAAGAAGAAAAUAGGUUAUUCGAGAAUAGGCUGGAGUCUGAAUUGCUGUUGUAGUACAAGGUACAGGUGGAAAAUGUAAAUAAAGGUAUGUGUAAACACCA